UUAUUUCCUGUUUGGCGUACAUACGGGUAUUCAGCGGCGAAGCUCACACAUUUGAGCGAGUCAGUUUGUAUAUGGCCGACGCAUUUUCCACCACUAAUACAUGGUCAUAUUUGAUUUGAAUCUUAAUUAUAUACCGCUGUUUAUUUGUUAUAAACUUACCACUUAAAUGUGGCUUUAAACGGGUUCAUUGACCGCGAAGAGUCUGCCAACAGAGGAGCGGGAAACUACUGUUUGAGACAUUGCAGUGCAUUCUGGGAGAUGUAGUGCAUCACUGCUGGUGUUGGACAAUAUUAUUCAACUAAAAGGGCUGUUGGUAACUUGUUUAAAGUUAUAUUUGUAGUUUUUGCUGGAUGUAUUUUGUCCCUUCAAGGCAACCUUAUUUCCUGUUUGGCGUACAUACGGGUCGUCAGCGGCAUAGCUAACAACUUGGGGCGAGUCAGAGUUCGUGUAUGGCCGACACAUUUUACACCACUAAUACAUGAGGAGCAUUUUCUGUGGUACGCCGCUGUGUCAAAGUGUGCACGGGCCAAGAGUACGCCGCCAAAAUCAUCAACACCAAGAAGCUGUCUGCCAGAGACCAUCAGAAGCUGGAGAGAGAGGCCAGGAUCUGCAGGCUGCUCAAACACUCCAACAUUGGGUGACGGGAGGUGAGCUCUUUGAGGACAUUGUAGCCAGAGAGUACUACAGCGAGGCGGACGCCAGUCAUUGCAUCCAGCAGAUCCUGGAGGCGGUGCUUCACUGCCAUCAGAUGGGUGUGGUCCACAGGGACCUCAAGCCUGAGAAUCUGCUGCUGGCCAGCAAGUGUAAAAAUGCGGCCGUAAAGCUGGCGGACUUUGGACUGGCCAUCGAGGUCCAAGGAGAGCAGCAAGCCUGGUUUGGCUUUGCAGGUACACCAGGUUAUUUGUCUCCAGAGGUGUUGAGGAAGGAAGCGUAUGGAAAACCGGUAGACAUCUGGGCAUGCGGCGUGAUCCUCUACAUCCUCCUGGUGGGUUACCCUCCCUUCUGGGACGAAGACCAACACAAACUGUACCAGCAGAUCAAAGCUGGAGCAUAUGAUUUUCCCUCUCCUGAGUGGGACACGGUGACGCCUGAAGCGAAGAAUCUGAUCAACCAGAUGUUGACAAUCAACCCGGCCAAGAGAAUCACAGCACAGGAGGCCCUCAAGCACCCGUGGGUCUGCCAACGCUCCACCGUGGCCUCCAUGAUGCACAGACAGGAGACCGUCGAGUGUCUGAAGAAGUUUAACGCCAGGAGGAAACUCAAGGGGGCCAUCUUGACCACCAUGCUGGUGUCCAGGAACUUCUCUGUGGGACGUCAGACCACGGCACCGUCAGGCAUCAGUGGCGUGACAGGAAACCCCGCCGGCAUCGUGGAACAAGCCAAGAGCCUCCUCAACAAGAAGGCUGAAGUUAAGCAGAGCAACAGCAGCAGGAACAGCACAGUCAGCAGUCCUAAGGUCAACGUGUCGUCUGCUGCACUGGAGCCUCAGACUACUGUUAUCCAUAACCCCGUAGAUGGCAUCAAGGAAUCAUCGGACAGCAGCAACACAACCAUCGAGGAUGAAGAUGUAAAAGCUCGCAAGCAGGAAAUCAUCAAGAUCACGGAGCAACUCAUCGAAGCUGUCAACAACGGCGACUUUGACGCCUACUCGAAGAUUUGUGACCCCGGCCUGACCUCCUUUGAGCCUGAGGGUCUGGGCAACCUGGUGGAGGGGAUGGACUUCCACCGUUUCUACUUUGACAACCUCCUGGCCAAGAACAGCAAGCCCAUCCACACCACCAUCCUCAACCCGCACGUGCACAUGAUCGGAGACGACGGCGCCUGCAUCGCGUACAUCCGCCUCACGCAGUUUGUGGAUGCGCAGGGUCGCCCUCGCUCCAGCCAAUCGGAAGAGACCAGGGUGUGGCAACGUCGCGACAGUCGUUGGCAGAACGUCCACUUCCACUGCUCUGGAGCGCCGGCCGCCCCCCUGCAGGCCUGAGGGAUGUGCUGCUGACGACAACACUGAGAGGCGGCGCCAGCGCAGAGAGGGUGGGUGGGUG